AUGGCAACAUUUCGAUUGAGUACUUCGUUGUGCUUACGAGCUCACAAGUUUCGUCCAAGGGUGGUCACUCGGAAUGCAUCAGCAUCAAUUCUAGGCUAUACCAGUGUCCGCAGCGCUCACGCGCGUGCGACAGAAUACCUCCAGAAUCAUGAUGCUGAUCUGACAGAAUCGCAACAAACUGUCCGCGAGGCAAUUAGCAAAAUAUGUGCGAACUACCCCGAUGAAUACUGGCUCAAAAAGGAGGAAAGGAAAGAGUUCCCUGUCGACCUUCACCGUGCCCUCGCCGAGCAUGGCUGGCUGGGUAUUUGUAUGCCGUCAGAGUAUGGCGGGUCAGAUCUAGGCAUUAGUGAAGCCGCAGUAAUGAUGCAGACAAUCUCCGAAUCCGGAGGAGGCAUGACGGCAGCUUCAUCGGUGCACAUGAACAUAUUUGGUUUAGAGCCCGUGGUCAAGUUCGGCACAGAUGAACAAAAGAAGCGCUGGCUUGAGCCCUUGAUUGCAGGGAAAGAGAGAGCUUGUUUCGGAGUCACAGAGCCGAACACGGGACUUGAUACUCUGCGGCUACAGUCUCAAGCACGCAAAGAUGGUGACUCGUAUCUUCUUUCUGGGCAGAAGAUAUGGAUCUCGACCGCACAGAAUGCACAGAAGAUCCUGAUUCUGGUGCGAACAACCCCACUUGACCAGGUCACCAAGCCAUCGCAAGGGCUUUCCCUCUUUUAUACGGAUAUCGAUCCCUCUGUGGUAGAAAUCACCGAGAUUCCCAAGAUGGGUCGCGCGGCGGUUGAUACAAAUACUCUCUUCUUCGAAAAUUGGCGCGUCCCCGCUAGCGAUCUUGUCGGGAACGAAAACGAAGGCUUCAAAAUUAUCAUGCAUGGUAUGAACGCUGAGCGAAUCCUCAUCGCUGCGGAGGCUGUUGGGCUUGGGUACGCGGCUCUACGUAAAGCAGCAAUUUAUGCCGGAGAAAGACACGUAUUUGGUCGUCCGAUCGGCAAGAAUCAGGGAAUUCAGCAUCCACUGGCUGAUAGCUGGAUGAAUCUCGAGGCCGCCCGACUCAUGAUAUACCAUGCGGCUCGUAUGUACGAUCAGGGUUACGCCGCAGGUGAAUAUGCCAACGCAGCCAAGUACCUCGCUGCCGAAGCGGCGUUCCAAGCUUGCGAGCGGGCAGUCAUGACACAUGGAGGUAUGGGUUAUGCGAAGGAAUAUCAUGUUGAACGGUAUCUUCGGGAGGUGUUCAUUCCUCGUAUCGCUCCAGUCAGUCGGGAAAUGAUCUGUAAUUAUAUAGGAGAGAGGAUAUUGGGGCUACCUAAAUCCUUUUAA